AUGGCGAAUUUGGCACUCAGUGUUACGGUUAAAUGGAAAUUUGUCAUCGCUUUAGUUGUUGUUCUAGGGAUGGCUGUCUUGUUUUUGUAUUCCUCUUUUUGGAAGAAUUGGACAUCUUCGGCUGAAAUUCCCGAGAAUGCCGAAAGCAUUCACACAAAAGACGAAAACGUGCAGCAGAAAUAUCUGGAUUGGAACGGCGUCGACAAAGGGAUAUUUUAUCGGAAGAUUGUUCCCGAAAACUCUAAAUUUCCGGUUUUGUUCUUGCAUGGGGCAAGGUUUACGUCUAAAGAUUGGCAGGAAAUUGGAACAUUGAAGGCACUGAGCUCUCAGGGGUACACAGUAGUCGCGGUGGAUUUGCCAAAACAUGGCGAUUCUGAAAAAGUUAAAGAACCUUCUGACGAUAAUGGGAGAAUUGAGUUUUUAGGACAGUUAAUAAAGAGGCUAGAGUUAGAAAGGCCAGUACUUGUUGCUCCAUCUAUGAGUGGGUCGUAUGCAUUGCCUUUUGUAAUGAACGAAAAAGACAAAGAAGAAGUACGUGGCUUUGUUCCAAUUGCCCCCGCUGCAGUUGCAAAAUACACUGAUGAAGAUCUAAAGGGACUUAAACUUCCCACUUUGAUAGUAUACGGGGAGAAAGACAUUACCUUUACGCAGUAUGUGGAUAAAAUGAAAGAGAUCCCAGGUAGUGAAGUUUUCAUGAUGAAAGAUGCUAGUCACCCUUGUUACCUUGACAACCCUGCAGAAUUUCAUAAAAGAGUGGUGGAGUUCCUUGACAAGUUACUGGAAAAAUGA